GGAGAGAGGGGGAGGAAGAGAGUGUGCGCGCUGCUGCGAGAACCCCGAAAGCCACAACCCCCACGUUCCCCUCUUGUUUCUCUCGGCUCACUUUCCCCUUUUUACUGCUGCUCCUCUCUCCUCCCUCGCGCACACCCCAAGCUUCUCUUCUUCUCCCCUCCCCAACAAUCGCGAACCGGAAGAUAGGUCGGCCCUAUCUUUGCCUCUCCCCCGGUCGCUUCGGCGCAAGCUCACAGCUUUCGUCUCGAUCUUUCUCUCUUUCCAGUUUUGGCCCCUCCGCAUGGGGAUUCUGGAGAUCUUCGGGGCGAUUCGGUCGCUGCCGUGGUGAGAUGGUUCGCCGCAUCUGUGAUACUGAACAGUUCUUCCGAUCCGAGGAGCCCCGAUGAUGAACGGCACGCCGAUCUCCGCACCCCCUGCGGCCGGCGUCGACGGCGGCGAAGCGGCGGCUGCCACGCCCAGGAAGAAUGCGGCGGCCGCGGUCGCGGAGAUGGCUAGACAUCUCACCAUCGACACGGACGACGCCUUCGCCGGACUCCUCGAUCUCGCCGCUGACGACGACGUGGAGGGACUGCGCCGCGCGCUGGAGCGCGCGCCGCCGGUCGCCGCAGACGAGGCCGGCCUCUGGUACGGCCGCCGUAAGGUCCUUGAGCACCGCACCCCGCUGAUGGUCGCCGCCACCUACGGGAGCCUCGCCGCGCUCCGCCUGCUGCUGUCCCUCCCGUCCGUCGACGUCAACCGCCGCUGCGGCACCGACGGCACCACCGCCCUCCACUGCGCCGCCUCUGGUGGCUCACGGACGGCCGUUGAGGCUGUCAAGCUGCUGCUCGGGGCUGGGGCAGACGCUGACGCCACGGAUGACUCCGGGCGCCGUCCGGCUGAUAUGAUCUUUGUGCCACCGAAGAUGUUUGACGCCAAGUUCGCCCUCCAAGAUCUUCUUGGAUGCCCGAAGUCCGAGCAUGGCAUGCUCCGGGUGGUGACAAGGUCCACUAACUCGAUCUCAUCGCCAGUAUCAUCCCCCACUGCCGAGGAUGCACGGUCUCCAUCUGCUGCUGUGAUGAUGACGACAAAGUUUGCAGACCUGCCUAGGGUUGCGACAUCGGAGAAGAAGGAGUAUCCAGUGGAUCCAUCCCUUCCAGAUAUCAAGAACAGCAUCUAUGCUUCCGAUGAAUUCCGCAUGUACUCGUUCAAGAUCCGGCCAUGCUCGCGCGCAUACUCGCAUGACUGGACUGAGUGCCCCUUUGUCCACCCAGGAGAGAAUGCUCGGCGCCGGGACCCCCGCAAGUACCACUACAGUUGUGUGCCAUGCCCUGACUUCAGAAAGGGCGUGUGCCGGCGCGGCGACAUGUGUGAGUAUGCUCAUGGAGUGUUUGAGUGCUGGCUCCAUCCAGCACAGUACCGUACUCGCCUUUGCAAGGAUGGCACAAGCUGUAACCGCCGUGUCUGUUUCUUUGCCCACGCAACUGAUGAGCUCCGCCCACUAUAUGUCUCCACUGGAUCGGCGGUACCAUCCCCAAGGGCUUCAGCAACGGCUGCAAUGGAGAUGGCGGCAGCAAUGGGCUUAAUGCCCGGUUCCCCAUCAUCAGUUUCGGCGGUAAUGUCCCCGUUUACCCCACCAAUGUCCCCUUCAGGCAAUGGGAUGCCCCCUUCAUUGGGCUGGCAGCAGCCAAAUGUUCCAACAUUACACCUUCCAGGCAGCAGCCUUCAGUCGAGCAGGCUUCGAACCUCUCUUAGUGCAAGGGAUAUGCCUGCUGAUGACUACUCCCUGAUGCAGGAUCUUGAUUCCCAGCUUAUGAAUGAUCUGUGCUAUUCACGUCUCAGUUCAUCCACAGGAAACCAUUCUGCUUGGACAAAGUCCCUGAAUCCGUCAAACCUGGAUGAUCUCUUCUCUGCUGAGAUGGCCCCAUCCCCAAGGUAUAGUAAUGCUGAUCAGGGUGCUAUGUUUUCACCUUCUCACAAGGCUGCUAUCCUGAAUCAGUUCCAGCAGCAGCAGCAAGCACUGCUUUCACCAAUCAAUACAGGAGUCUUCUCUCCAAAGGCUGUGGACAACCAGCAGUUGCCUUCACACUCAUCUCUGUUGCAAGCAUCACUUGGGAUAUCCUCCCCUGGCCGGAUGUCUCCUCGAUGCGUCGAAUCAGGUUCCCCAAUGAACUCCCACCUGGCUGCUGCUCUUGUCCAGCGUGAGAAGCAACAGCAGACAAUGAGGAGUCUCAGUUCUCGUGACCUUGGGCCUAGUGCUGCACGAGCAUCAGCUCUUGUUGGCUCCCCUCUAAGCUCAUCAUGGUCCAAGUGGGGAUCUCCUUCAGGGACACCAGAUUGGGGCGUAAAUGGUGAAGAAUUGGGUAAGCUCCGUCGCUCAUCGUCCUUUGAGCUGAGAUCUGGUGGCGAUGACCCUGAUCUCUCUUGGGUACAUACAUUGGUUAAGGAAUCUCCACCAGAGAAGCAAGUUACUACAGCUGAAUCCAUAAACUCUGUUGGACCCUCACCGCUAAUGCCUCCUGGCAUGAGCAACGGCGAAGGUUCUGGUCUAAACACACAGUUGGAUGGACGUGACCAAGCUGCGGUUAUAGGAGCAUUGCUCGAGCAGAUGCAGCUUGAUUAGCAGAUUGGUAGUCUAGCAACAUAGACGCGCAAUGAGCCUGGAAGGUGUGAGGAUACUAUUCUUAUCUAAUGAAUUCGAGGUAUUCUUUUUCUGUUAAUUAAGGUAUCCAACAAAGAUGAAUAGCUGAAGGUGGUGAUUCAGAGAUUGGUUUUCUUUAAUUUUGGAGGUAAAUCAUAUACAUUAUUGAUGUUCCAGUAGGUUAAAGAGUGAAGUUCCUCGGUUGGGGUUGUUCCAGCGCCAACCCAGGUAGAAUCGCACCCCGGCAGCAUCAGUUCAUCAAUCAUAAGUUCUCUAUUUUGUUAAUUAACCCUGUUAAAAAAAAGAAGACUUGUUUGCCGGAAUUCUUUCCUUUCCCUAUUAGUGUUUAUUUUGUUCAUUAAGAUAUUGAUACUUGAUGUACUGAUGGUGUAAGUGGUUACAUAGUCUAUCAAGUUCAAAGGUAUUUUUUCCCUUACCAUUUGUCGCCGAUUAUCGUGUGGCCUUGUUUUGGUUCAGACCUUGAGGGCUGCAUAAUCCUUGGAUGACAUUUGAAUAAUGUAAUGUUUUUAUUGAACUUA